AUGGCUCCAAACGAGGACUUCAAGAUCAUCAUCGCUGGGGGAGGAAUCGCCGGGCUAACCCUGGCAAACAUGCUGGAGAAGUUUGACAUCCAGUAUGUUCUGCUGGAGGCCUAUUCCGCAAUUGCUCCUCCAGUUGGCGCUAGUAUUGGUCUGUUUCCCAACGGCCUGCGCAUUCUGGACCAAAUUGGCUGCUACGAGGCCAUCGCUCAGUUGUCUCAUGAACAUCUCAACAAGGGGUACACCCGGCAGGAGAAUGGCAAGAUUAUAGCUGAUAUACUUUAUAUGUUCGACCAUCUAGAGCGCCGGUGA